AUGACACAAAAUAAUGGGCAAAACGAACCGCUGCUUUCGGUGCGCGACCUUACUACGCACUUUCCGCUUGAUGAAGGUACAGUGGUGGCCGUGGACGGCGCGAGCUUCGACGUCUAUCCCAGCCAGACGCUCGGCAUCGUCGGUGAGAGUGGCUGCGGCAAGAGCGUUACCGCGCGCUCCAUACUUGGCAUUCUGGAUAAGCCGGGAGAGAUAGUCGGCGGCGAGAUUAUGUUCCGUUACCGGAGCAGGAACACGGACAGAGAGGAGGUGCACGACCUCAUCUCGUUCGAUCCGGACGGAAUGGAGAUGCGCAACAUCAGGGGCGGCGAAAUCGCAUAUGUCUUCCAAGAGCCAAUGACAUCGUUCAGCCCCGUACACACUAUAGGCAACCAGCUGGUGGAAGCGAUAAUGCUCAUCGGGACGUCAGCAAGCCUGAGGCGCACAAAGUAG